AUGUCUGCAGAGGAUAAGACUAAUACGGCUGAGGUGAGAGAGGACAGGGUGGUCACUAACUCCAACGGGAUCCCCAUGAACGAUCCCUUUGCCACGCAGCGGAUCGGGGAACAUGGGCCCCUGUUGAUGCAGGAUUCUAAUUUGAUUGAGUCCCUGGCGCAUUUCAACAGGGAGAGAGUCCCCGAGAGGAACCCACACGCUCAUGGGAGCGGUGCGUUUGGGUAUUUUGAAGUGACCGACGAUAUCACGGAUAUCUGUGGGUCCGCCAUGUUCGACACCAUUGGGAAGCGGACGAGGUGUUUGACCAGGUUCUCCACGGUGGGUGGGGAGAAAGGCUCUGCCGACACGGCAAGAGACCCUAGAGGGUUUGCCACCAAGUUUUACACGGAGGAGGGGAACUUGGACUGGGUGUACAACAACACUCCGGUCUUCUUCAUUAGAGACCCCUCGAAAUUCCCCCAUUUCAUUCACACCCAGAAGAGGAACCCACGGACUAACCUGAAGGACGCAAACAUGUUCUGGGAUUUCUUGACUACUCCGGAGAACCAAGUCGCUAUCCACCAGGUGACUAUCCUGUUCUCGGAUAGGGGCACGCCAGCAUCCUUUAGAAAGAUGAACGGGUACUCCGGCCACACUUACAAGUGGUCAAACAAGAAGGGCGACUGGCACUACGUGCAAGUCCACAUUAUCUCGGACCAAGGGAUCGAGAAUUUCACCAACGAGGAGGCCAUCGAAAUGGCAGGUAAGAACCCAGACUACUGUACAGAGGACCUCGCGAACGCCAUCGAAAGGGGCGAUGCGCCCUCCUGGACAGUGUCCGUCCAGGUAAUGACAGAGGAACAAGCCAAGAAACUGCCCUUCUCAGUGUUCGACCUGACAAAAGUCUGGUCGCACAAGGACUUCCCACUGCGUCGUAUCGGCAAGCUCGUGCUGAACGAAAACCCGCAGAAUUUCUUCGCACAGAUAGAACAGGCCGCGUUCGCACCAAGUAACACGGUGCCCUACCAGGAGGCCAGUGCGGACCCAGUCCUACAGUCCAGACUGUUCGCAUACGCGGACGCUCAUCGGUACAGAAUCGGGCCCAACUACAACCAGGUGCCCGUCAACUGCCCCUACGCGUCCAAGUUCUUCACCCCGGUCAUGCGCGACGGGCCCAUGAACGUCGACGGGAACUUCGGGUCCGAACCAAACUACUACUCGACAAACUGCAAGUACCAGUUCAUCCAACAGGACAGACCCAUCCAACAACACCAGGAGGUCUGGCAGGGGCCGGCGAUCCCAUACCAUUGGGCCACCUCUGCGGGGGACAUCGACUACGUGCAACCAAGAGCUCUGUACCAGAAAGUGCUUGCUAAGCAACCGGGCGCACAGGAGAGACUGGCACACAACGUCGGGGUGCACGUCGCGAACGCGUGCUCGGGGAUCCAGGAACGGGUCUUCGAGAUGUUCUCUAGAGUUGACCCACAGCUGGGGAACAGGAUCAGAGAGAUCGCUACUGAGAAGACCACCGAGAACAAAAUGAACAAGUUGUGA